AUGUCGCGACUGGGCUGCGGGGCGAUGGUUCCUCCGCCCGCCUUGCUGGUGGCCCUGGCCGCCGGGCUGCUGGCGAGCUGGGCGCCGGCGGCGCAGGGCGCGGCGUGCGAGCCGGUGCGCAUCCCGCUCUGCAAGUCGCUGCCCUGGAACAUGACCAAGAUGCCCAACCACCUGCACCACAGCACGCAGGCCAACGCCAUCCUGGCCAUCGAGCAGUUCGAAGGGCUGCUGGGCAUCCGCUGCAGCGCCGACCUGCUCUUCUUCCUGUGCGCCAUGUACGCGCCCAUCUGCACCAUCGACUUCCAGCACGAGCCCAUCAAGCCCUGCAAGUCCGUGUGCGAGCGGGCCCGCGCCGGCUGCGAGCCCGUCCUCAUCAAGUACGGCCACGCCUGGCCCGAGAGCCUGGCCUGCGGCGAGCUGCCCGUCUACGACCGAGGCGUCUGCAUCUCCCCGGAGGCCAUCGUCACUGCCGAGGGAUCCGAGCGCUGCAGAUGCAAACCUAUAAAAGCUACCCAGAAGACUUAUCUUCGGAACAACUAUAACUAUGUCAUUCGGGCUAAAGUGAAGGAGGUGAAGACCAAAUGCCAUGACGUCACUGCAGUAGUCGAAGUAAAGGAGAUUCUAAAAUCUUCCUUGGUGAACAUUCCUAGGGACACUGUUAACCUGUACACAAACUCUGGUUGCCUGUGCCCGCCUCUCAAUGCUAAUGAAGAAUACAUCAUCAUGGGUUAUGAAGACGAAGAGCGCUCCAGAUUACUCUUGGUAGAAGGUUCCAUAGCUGAAAAAUGGAAGGAUCGUCUUGGUAAAAAAGUGAAGCGCUGGGAUCAGAAACUCCGUCAUCCUGGUAAAGGCAGAAAUGAACCCGGACAAAGCGAUUCUGCUCAAAAAUCUGGCAGAACCACCAAUCCCCGGCAAAGGCGCAACUAGGAGGAGAAUGUCACAGGUCAACAAAUUGAAAUAAUCCAUGGACUUGUAUAAAUUAAAGACUUGCCUUGAUGGAGCAGCAAAGGAGAAAUUGCACUAUUGCACGUUGCAUUCUAUUGUUUACUAUGAGACCAUGUUGUAGCCAAUAUUAGUUUUAUCUUCCCCUCGAGUUGCACGAGUACACUCAGAAAAAUGGCAUAUCUCACUCACAAUAUCCGUGGAUCACAUCUGAAUUUUAUUUUUAUUUUUAAAAUGGCAAAUCUGAGAAGGUUGGCAGAUGCCAUGGUAAUUGUUUGUACACAAUUACCCAGUCCAGAAAUCUGUGUGCACUCUGAGCACCUGGAUCUCUGGAACAUACAAGCUGCCCCAUUCCAUUCAGCAGAGUGACCUGCCGCCUGCAUUCCUUCCUUCCUAUGCAUAAAGAAUUGGUGGAUUAGAGCAGAGGUCUGGGAAGGCAAUGCUGCCAUUGAGCCCGUGCAGAUGAUUUUCUCCCUAAAUAAAAGCUAUAUGCAGUCAGGGAGAGAGAUUGCGUCUUUUCUGCCCCUCUCACCAGUUAGCACAUGAACAAAUAUGCUGAUAAUAUUUCUAUAGGAUGGCUAUGUAUAACAUCCAGUGUGUGCAGGCUCCAAGCAUGUGUUCCAUAAUCUACAUGUAAUUUGGAGAUUGGCUACCUGAUUCAGACUUAAGCACAACAAGGAGCAGAAAGGGUUUUUUUUUUCAUAUAUCCCCAUCCCACCCCAUAUUUGGGGAGAAAAAUAACCUGGCCUGUCCCAAAGUUACACAGAAGAAUGGAAUCGGAUGUACAUUCAGAAUCAUUUUUUUUUUAAUGUGAGAAAAUGCAAGGCCAAAUAUACAUGUGAAAUUAAAAAACACACCAUGGGAUUUAAUUGUAGAAACAGAAACAAGAGUUUUGCAUGCUAUUACUGUGACUUAACAAAGCAAGCAAAAGAAAAUCAGCAAUAGCAUAACAAAACCAUUUCUGCAGUUUGCAGUUAACCUGUGCAGGACGGAGACUUGGUUGCCCUUCGCUUUCACUUCUCCCCCUCCCUCCACAUUAAAACCCUUGUUGGCAGUAUGGAAAAAAGGAUUAUACAAAGAGAUUAUACCAAGAGCUCAGUGCAUAUCAGAGCAGGUCUGUUAAAUGUCGAUUCCUCUUCAAUAAACCACUUGUAUUAAGUCCAGCUUUAAAACGUGAACCAUGACAAAUACUGCACGGAAGACUUGAUUUUGAAUGUCUUGAUCCUUGUGGGAAAGGUUGCACAGAAUAGUUAAGUCUCGCCAGAAGUUACGUUGUGCUCUCUGAUAACAUUUCCCUUUUUCUCCGUCUUCUUUUGUUGUUGCGGAGUCACGGGGGUAGACAAACUUCCCCAGGCCUCCUUCUCGGCGUAGGCCUGCACUUUCUCAUUUCGAUGGUGUCAUUUUGAUUGUGUUUCAGGGUCUACCUUCCACAGCAGCAUUUGAUGGUCAGUAUUGGAGAGUCCAAUAAAAUAUUUGCCAUUACCAGGAGAGUUACAGCCAUAUUCCAUGCAACGUGUCUCAUGAAAGAACGGCAGCAGUGAACAGAGACUUUAGCCUGGGUUUUUUUGCAACAAAUGUACAUUUUUUUUUAUAACCUAUGAUAUGUAUUUCUAUUUGACAUAUGCCAGCAGGACAUUUUGACGAUUAUAUCCUUUAAGCCUUACAAAACAGUGCCAAUAGUUGGAGACUGUAAUUCUGCCUCUCUCUCUCUCUCUCUCUCUUUCUUAAGUACAGAAAUAUCAGUAGAAUACUGAACUAAAAUAAAGCAAAUAUUUUAGCAGAAAA